CUUAUUCGUGACAAGAGGGGGAGAGAAAACAGAAAAAGAGAGAGAAAUGGAUUUUUGGGCGAGAGCAAAAAGUUUUGCAGAAGAAGCAGCAAAGAAAUCACAAGAAUAUACAAAAGAAGCAGCGAAGAGAUCCCAAGAAUUAACAAUUGGGUCAUCAACACUUUCAGAUAUCGUUUCAGAAACAGCUAAGAAAUCUAAAGAAUUAGCAGCUGAAGCUACAAAGAAAGCCGAUCAGAUCAAGAUCGAAGCAUUUAAACGAGCUGAUCAGUUCAAAACCUUAGCUGAAGGGAUCUCUCCUCAAAUUCCAUCUGUUAACAUUUCUUCGCUCGUUGAUUCUUCUUCUUCCUUGAUUAAUACUACUAAUAGCAUUGCUCCUUCUUCCGCGGAUCUUGAGAAAUUUGGUAUUACUGAUGAACUUAGAGAAUUCGUCAAGGGUAUUACUAUCAAUACCUUUCAGGAUUUCCCCAUGGAAGAUGAGCCGCCGAUGUCUGAGGUCCCUACUGUGUCGAAUGUACGACAAGAUCUAACAGAAUGGCAAGAGAGACACGCUACUUUAGUUCUCUCGGCAGUUAAGGAAGUUUCAAAGUUAAGAUAUCAAUUAUGCCCACGGUUUAUGAAAGAUAGGAAAUUUUGGAGGGUAUAUUUCGUACUUGUGAACAGUCACGUGACUCCGUUUGAGAAACGAUACAAUGAGGAGGUUAAGCUGAAAUCUGUGGAGAAAACGAAAGAUGAGGUAAAGAGCAAUGAGCCAACGGCUGCAACAAUUUCUAAACCAGAAGUUGCAGAGCAAAAUCGACAGAUUAAGACUUCAUUAUCGUCUACCGAGCAAGACUUGGAUAUAUUUCUCCUGGGAGACCUUGGAAGCAGUGACGAAGGUGGUCCAGAUGAUGGUGGCUUUGACGACGAUUUAGACAAGUCGGAUGACGAAGGUUCUAAGGAACAAUCGAAAAGUGCAACAGCAGACGAUGAUGAUGAUCUUCUUUGAGUUAUAGAGUCCACCAAAUGCAUUUGGAUUGAUUAGCCUGUUUCAGGCCACUAAAGGAUGUGUUGCAGUUUCCAAGGGAUCCUUAAUUGUUCAAGUUGCAUAAUACCCAACAAAGGUUGCCUAUCACACUACUGAAGGAAUAGGAGAUCGGAAGCUGUUCUUUUGAUGUACAAUUUACAUACUUCUAUUGAUUCUGUUAUAUUACAAUAUUCUAAUGCAAUAGGAAAAUCCAGUUUUCCUUCUUCUCU